AAUUCCUGUAAACUUUUUGAUUGUUUAUGGUGCAAAAUAAAAUAAAUUCAGACACCCAUAAAGCAAGGUCCUUUGUUGCAAAGCGCCAAAUUUAUGCGCCUCAAAUCUCUCUCUCUACCCUUUCUUUCCUCUCUUGAUCGAGAAUCUAAGCCUAAACCCAAACCAAGCCGGAAAUCAAAGGAUCUUUUGCUCAACUUCACCUUGCAGAAAAAGGAAGAGUGUAAUAUUUCUACAGUUUGAAGAGACGGUGUGUAGAAAAACUUACCCAAUUGUUAUGCACUAAGAUGUGGUGAGUCAGGCUGUUUGUGCAUUUACAGAAAUGAAGGGAGGAAAUGUGCAGAGAGCCCGAGGAAAACACUUCUCAUUUACUCUGCUGGCAGUCGUAUGUAUGACCGUAUUUCUUUGGUCUUAUGAGAGAAGACCUGUUUACACAAAUAUAAUAUCAUCCCAAGACCACUUAAUUUUACCUUCAGAUGUGUUUGAUGUAGCUUCGCACACCUCUGGUGAUCUCAACAAACCAGAAGAUCAACCUGUUCAAGAACCUCUACGUGUAAACGUAGAAACAGAAGAAACAACAGAAACUACAGAACAACAUAUAUCCAAUAUUGGGAACAAAGAAGAAACAACAGAAACUACAGAACAACAUAUAUCCAACAUUGGGAACAAAGAAGAAACAGAAGAUAAAAUAAAUCACCAGAUACCUGUUGUUGAAGAUACAGAACCUGUGACCGAAGAGUCUUCUGUGAUUACAGAGGAUGUCAGGGUUUCACUAUCCUUAUCUGGGAAGAACUCUUCAUCUGAUAACAAAGUUUGUAAUUAUGCAAAGGGUAGAUGGGCUGUGAACAAAAAGCGACCAUUAUAUUCUGGCUUUAAAUGUAAGCAAUGGCUAUCGGAUAUGUGGGCUUGUAGACUAACACAACGCCCAGAUUUUGGUUAUGAAUCUUAUAAGUGGCAACCAGCAAACUGUGACAUGCCAGACUUUGAAAGAUCCGCAUUUUUGAAAAGGAUGCAGGAUAAAACAAUUGCUUUUGUUGGUGAUUCCUUAGGCAGACAACAAUUCCAGUCUCUCAUGUGUAUGGUUACUGGUGGUGAAGAGAUUCCCGAAGUUCAAGAUGUGGGACGAAAGUACGGUUUAAGUACCCCACAAGGCGGUGCUCGUCCGAACGGUUGGGCAUUUCGAUUCCCGGAAACCAACACCACAAUACUCUACUACUGGUCAUCCUGCCUCUGUGACUUAGUCCCUCUGAACAGUAACGACCCCGCCUCUGAAGUUGCCAUGCAUUUGGACCGUCCCACGUAUUUCUUGAAACAAUAUCUCCACCAAUUUGAUGUUUUGAUUCUUAACACGGGUCAUCACUGGAAUCGAGGUAAGGUUAAUGCAAAUCGAUGGGUGAUGUAUGUUGACGGGAAACCUAAUCAGAACAGGAGGCUGGCAAUGAUCGGGAACGCUAAGAAUCUCACGAUUCAUAGUGUUGCGAAGUGGGUUGAUUCACAGCUUCCUUCUCAUCCCCGGCUUAAGGCCUUUUUCCGGACAAUUUCACCCCGGCAUUUCUUUAACGGGGAAUGGAACACGGGAGGUAGUUGCGAGAAUACAACUCCUAUGGCCCGUGGAAGUGAAGUGAAUCAGGAAGAAUCGAGUGAUCAGGUUAUUGCAAGUGCUGUUAAGGGUACAAGGGUAAAUUUGUUGGAUGUAACGGCUCUUUCUCAACUUAGAGAUGAAGGGCAUAUAUCACGGUAUAGUUUAAGACCGUCUUCUGGAGUUCAAGAUUGCCUGCACUGGUGCUUACCGGGAAUUCCUGAUACAUGGAAUGAAAUACUUGCUGCCCAGUUGUAGGUUGUUUCUCACAAACCCGUGUAAUCAAAUUAGUGACCAUUGAUUAUGUUUAUGCCAUUAGUGAAAAUAGGGUGAGAUUUGUUGUUUAUAUAUCCUAGAAGAGAUUAAUUGCAUUAAGCUGUUUUAAGUAGAGUUAGGAAAACUGUUACACUAUAUUUAUCUGUACCCUGAAAUUUCAGGUUGAUGUAUUUUCACAUUCAGUUCUGUCAUAAUAAUAAUAUCAUCUGAAAUCGAUGAAGGGUUUUGAGAUUGAAGCUA